AUGGCAAAUGGGUUCGGUUCAGGAGCGAAUACCGUCACCCAGGCCGCUCCGUCGAGCCGUGAGCCAUCACCCCCAACGCGCGUCACCCGCCAACAGUCUCAGCGCUUGCACUUCUCUGACUACGGACCUCGUGAUUCUUUGGUCUCUCAUCUUAGGUUGAACGAACGUUAUACCGCAUCCACCGCUCCAUACUCAGCCGAAACUCCCCCUUCUUCCGAAACCUCUUCGCCAUCCCCACACCCCAAGAUAGCAAGGAGCCUGAAGGAAGCACAGAUGAAUCCCCCCUUCAUCUGCCCCAUAUUCUUGUUCAUCAAUUUGAUGCAUUCCUCUCUACGUUGGCGACCCAUCACUCAUUCUACGGAAGCCCUGAUGGAUAUCGUCUGCCUCGCCACGAAAUGGGAGUUCGCGUCGACACGAGCAUACGCCAUCGAAAUGCUCACUUCGCGCCCGCUCUCCCCCAUUGUACGCAUCGAGCUAGCCAACGCGUACGACAUCCCGCAAUGGCUUCUCUCGUCGUAUGUCGAACUCGCCCGGAUCAGAGUUCCGCUAAAUGAAUCAGAGGCAGACAGACUAGGACUCGCCACGGUCCUCCGUCUCAGCCGGGCCCGAGAGGCCGUUCUGCGGCAACGCUUUCACAAAGCGCUGGAGAUCCCGAAGAACGAAUUCUUCGACGUGCCGGCAGUCAGGCACAUUGGCUGCUGGAGGAGCAUGGCCAAGUAUCUCUGGCUGGCAUUGAAGAAUGGGGAGAGGGGCGGCGGUUCUGAUGAGGAUUUGGUCGAGGAGGUCUUGUCUAUCUCUAGACGCCUACAAGAUGAGGAUCCUCUCUGCGACUCGUGCAGUAACCCCCAUCUGUUCCGAGCAAGGUGUGCAAGAUGGCUAGACAUUGACAAUGACGCCACAAUCGUGGCCAACAUCUUUAACAUUUGA